AUGUCUUCUGAUAGUAAUGCUACCAGUAUUGCUGCUGCUGCUGCUAUUGGUGGCAGCAGCAGUGCUAACAACAAUAAGAAACAGAAAAUGUCUCCUCCGAAUGAAUCUCUUCUUUGGGCUGAUGAUGAUAUUUCGAUCCAAGGCAUUCUCCCUUUUGUUGGUGUAGGACAGUACGCUUUUGUAGGAGCUGUCAACAAGAAGAUGAAUCACUACUGCAAAAUUGAGCCCAAGAAAAACCCAAGAAAGUUGGAAAUAUUAUGA